AUGGAGCAUGAAGACCGUCCAUUGCCCAUUGACAACAGCGUCCUCGGUAGGGUCGCGGAGCAGGCGAACGCAUAUGCAAAAGCAAUGCAUUACAAAGAAGUCGAAUACUUCUCUCAAGUUUCUCCUGAGCUCGUUGAGAGUCUCGUAAGCAUUAGUACAAAGCUUCAGUUACAAGAUGUUGCAUGGGCCAUUCUAAAGACAAAUACCGUUGCGGAAGAGCUCAAACUGGAUCGAUGGUACGAAAGGCUGGGACGCUGGCAAGAAGCGCUCGAAGCAUAUGACCGACGACCUGCCGAUGAUUCACAAUCUCAGGAAAUUGUUUUGGGACGAAUGAGAUGCCUACAUGCAUUAGGAGAAUGGGAAGCAUUGAAUGAGGUUGUGGAGAGCAAUUGGGGUGAAUUCAGCCCCGAGACGAAACGGGAAAUCUCACCACUAGCUGCUGCCGCUUCGUUUAAUCUCUACCAAUGGGAUAUAAUGGAAGAGCAUGUCAGUUCCAUGUCAGGUGAUGACCCAGACCGUUCCUAUUAUCGUGCGGUUCUAGCGGUGCACAGAAACCAAUUUUCAAAAGCACAUUCUGCUAUUUCGAAAGCCAGAGACAUUCUUCAAAGUGACCUGGCCGGAAUUGAGGACUAUACUAGGGUUUAUGGAGGAAAUUAUAGAAUACAAAAGGAACGCGGACCAACCGGAUCGCCUAGACAUUAUGCGAAAAACAUGGA